AUGGCAUACAUUCUUCUAUAUGUCGAUGACAUCAUUCUCACCACAUCCAGUGAUGAUCUUCGGAAAUUCAUCAUGAUGCUCCUUGCUUCAGAAUUUGCCAUGAAGGAUUUGGGCCCUCUUAGCUAUUUUCUAGGCAUUGCAGUAACCAGACAUACAGGUGGUAUCUUUCUUUGUCAGAAAAAUUAUGCAGCAGAGAUCAUUGAUCGGGUCGGCAUGUCAUCUUGCAAAUCGUCUGCCCCACUUGUUGACACCAAACAAAAACUCAGUGUCUCAUCAGGUGUUCCGCUUGAGGACCCCACUCAUUAUCGGAGCCUUGCAGGUGCUUUGCAGUAUCUCACAUUCACUCGACCAGAUAUUUCAUAUGUUGUCCAGCAGAUAUGCCUCCACAUGCAUGCUCCGAAAACAAAACAUAUGAAUGCUCUAAAACGCAUUCUGCGUUACCUACAAGGCACUCUGCAUUUCGGCUUACAUUUGUACCCUUCAUCCAUCUCUAGUCUUACUUCCUACACUGAUGCGGAUUGGGGUGGUUGUCCUGACACAAGGCGCUCAACAUCUGGUUACUGUGUCUUUCUUGGUGAUAAUCUUAUCUCGUGGUCAUCUAAACGACAACAUACUCUCUCCCGUUCUAGUGCUGAAGCUGAAUAUAGAGGGUAG